CAGAAAGACAAGCGCGCGCGCACCUCGCUAACUCACGCGGCUGCGCAGGCGCUCUUUUCCAAUUUCACUUCAGAGCAAAAGGAUUUUUUUGUGUAUUUACGUGUCGUGAAUUGUAUGACAAGAUGAUUUUCAAUUUGAAAAUAUUUGACUUGGUACCGGCGCGGCUGAACAUCGGCAUCAUGAUGUUCUUCGCAACCUUCAUCAACUACAUGAUGCGCGUCAAUAUGAGUGUCAACAUCAUCGCCAUGGUUUCCGAAAGCUCUAAUACCACGUCGGCGAAGAGCGAGUGCAUGGCAAUUGUGACCAAUGACAGCAUGUUGUAUAACGACACUAUCGAUACUUCAUUCAAGCGCGUGCUGCGACAGCCAGAAGGUGUGGUAACUUUCCCAUGGACAGCCCAAGAGCAGGCAUACAUCAUUUCUUUUUAUUUCUGGGGAUAUGCCCUCACCUGUGUCUUCGGCGGACCGGCUGCUGAGCGAUGGGGCCCGCGCAAUGUGGUGUUCCUCACUAUGCUAUUAAGUGCCGUUUUGACUAUCUUCAGCCCGCAAGCUGCAAGGCUACAUUACCUGGUGUUGGUGGCUGAUAGAUUCGUCAUUGGAUUAUUAGCAGGUUUCCUUUUUCCUGCUCUGCACGCGUUGACAGCCCACUGGGCACCACCAGCCGAGAAGGGCAAGUUUAUUAGUGCUCUACUUGGUGGAGCCAUCGGCACCGUGUUUACCUGGUCCCUCACCGGCCCUGUCAUUGAAUCUUUUGGUUGGGAUUAUGCGUUUUAUAUACCAGGUAUGAUAGCCAUUGCAUGGUGCGUUGCGUGGUGGAUGCUCGUAUAUGACAACCCAUUACAGCAUCCGCGUAUCUCCGAUAGCGAGAAGAAGUACAUCAUUGACGCUAUCGGUGAUAAAGUGCAUCAGGAAAAAACUAAAGUUGCACCACCGUUGAAACAUAUCUUCACAUCAUUGCCUUUCCUUGCCAUGGUGAUUCUGCACUACGGCAGCAACUGGGGACUGUACUUCGUGAUGACAGCGGCACCUAAGUUCGUGUCCAGCGCACUGGGCUUCAAUCUGACAUCGACUGGCACGCUUUCCUCACUGCCUUAUCUCUCUAGAAUGAUUUUCUCAUUGAUCUUUGGUGCAAUUGGUGACAGAAUCGUGAAACAGAACAUAGUAUCAAUGACAUUCAUGAGGAAGUUCUUCUGCCUGUUCUCUCACAUCGUGCCUGGUCUACUUCUCAUCGCAUUAGGCUACACUGGCUGCGCACCCAUUCUCUCUGUCGCCCUUAUCACAUUCUCCAUGGGGUCGAACGGCGCAGCUACAUUGACCAAUCUUGUCAACCACCAAGACUUAGCACCUAACUUCGCGGGUUCUUUGUACGGAAUUGCAAAUGGAAUCGGAAAUACUGCAGGGUUUAUCACUCCGAUGGUAACGGCUUAUUACACUAAGAACGGGAAUUCAUUCGCGGAGUGGCGACCAGUGUUCUUCACAGGGGCCUCCUUAUAUAUUGCGUCGGCGAUCUAUUUCAUGUUAUUUGGCUCAGCAGAAACUCAGUCGUGGAAUUACAUUACUCCAGAGCCUGAAGAGGAAAACAAGCGACCCAGUACUAACUCCACCGACACCACCGUCACGAUACCAAUUAAAGCAUAGACAUUUGAUUCUAUGAUAUAGGACGUUUCAAUUCGCAGAAGAAAGUACCUUAUUAUGGGGAAUUAAGGUAGAUAAAUUAUGCACCAGAUGAUGGCAAAUGAAGUAAUUUUAUAAGUAUUUGGAAUUUUUGACCGACCACUUCUGCGUCUGUGCAUUGGUACGUGUAGAUUAGAGCCGCAAUGGAAACUUUUUUCCUUAAAACACCUUAUUUUAUUUAAUUAAAAAGUGACGCAAAAAUUUUUAUGGGAAGUUUUUAUC